CUCUGUCGGUUAGCCAGCUAGCGCCACAGGCGCUAAAGACAAUAUGCGACAUUUUAUUUUGCUUUAGAAUGACAGAUCUGGAACAUUUCUUCUGCCCACACUGAUUGACUUCAAGCCCAAAAGAUGACAGACUGUGGUGAACUUUGCCCUCACCUGGACUCAGUAGGUGAAGUGACCAAGGAUGAACUUCUGCAGAAAUCAAAGGGCACCUGUCAAUCAUGUGGGGUAGGUGGUCCCAACCUCUGGGCAUGUCUUCAGUGUGACUGUCCUUAUGUGGGGUGUGGAGAGUCCUUCUCGGACCACAGCACUUCACAUGCACAGACAAAGAAGCACAACCUGACUGUGAACCUGACUACGUUUAGAGUCUGGUGUUACAUGUGUGAAAGAGAAGUGUUUCUGGAGCAGAGACCUGCAGGACCAGUAGCCGCAACUCAACACUACAAAGCUCCUAAUCAGGAUUCCCCUACUCUUGGUGUAAGCCACCCGUUAAAAGCAGUGCCGAUUGCUGUGGCAGAUGAUGAAGGCUCAGAGUCCGAGGACGAUGAGUUUAAGCCCAGAGGCCUAACAGGGAUGAAGAACAUUGGAAAUUCCUGUUACAUGAAUGCAGCGCUGCAGGCUCUCUCCAACUGUCCUCCGUUGACUCAGUUUUUCCUGGACUGCAGUGGGCUGGUCCGUACAGAUAAAAAGCCUGCACUGUGCAAAAGCUAUCAGAAACUCAUCUCCGAGCUCUGGCACAAGAAACGGCCCAGUUAUGUUGUCCCCACUAGUCUGUUUCAUGGCAUUAAGCUGGUGAAUCCCAUGUUUCGAGGUUAUGCUCAGCAGGACACUCAGGAGUUUCUGCGCUGUCUCAUGGAUCAGCUCCACGAGGAACUAAAGGAGUCUAUUAUUGACAGUAGCACCUUCAGCGCGGAUAGUGACCACGAGAGUAACCACGACAACCCCAGCCACGCAGACGGGGACCCCUCCGAGGACGAUUUCCUGUCAUGUGACUCUGGUUCGGGGAGUGAGAGAGGGGACGGAGAGAGAGCAGGAGGCGACACGGAGCUGCUCAUACGGGAUGAGUGCACCAGAACGAGGGGUAGCGGGGGCAUCUCCGAGAAAGAGAAGCUGAAGGAGAGACGGCGGGAGGACAGAGGAGAAGAGAGGACGCAGGAGAUGGACGAGGACGCUGAUGUGGACACGGCGGCUCAGGAAGAACCAAACGAACGAUCUGGAGGGCAGAUAGGGAGAGCCAGGACCAGCCAGACUCAAGGGAACACAGAACCGGAUAAUGAAGCUGCCAUGCAUCGCCCGGCGUCUUGUCCCUGCAGCCCCACCCACAGUGUGCAGGAAUUCCAUUCCAAACUGUCCGGCAGUCCAGCCAGAUCCAGCCCUCUACGAGCCAACCCUGCAUACGCUUUUAAGAAAGCUCAAAUGCUCCUAGGUACCAGGAAGAAGAAGCAAUCCCGUUUCCGUAGCAUUAUCUCUGACAUCUUUGACGGCUCCAUUCUGAGUCUGGUCCAGUGCUUGACAUGUGACCGGGUGUCAACAACAGUCGAAACUUUUCAGGAUUUGUCUCUGCCCAUUCCGGGAAAAGAAGACCUGGCUAAGCUCCACUCCUCGAUCCACCAGAGCACUCCUGCCAAGAUGGGCAUGUGCGCAGAGACCUAUGCCGCCCAGGGCUGGAUCUCCUACAUCAUGGAAUCGAUACGCAGGUUUGUGGUGUCCUGUAUCCCCAGCUGGUUUUGGGGUCCCAUGGUGACACUAGAGGAUUGCCUUGCUGCCUUCUUUGCUGCAGAUGAACUGAAAGGGGAUAACAUGUACAGCUGUGAGCGAUGUAAAAAAUUAAGAAAUGGUGUAAAGUAUUGUAAAGUCCUACGACUCCCAGAGAUUUUAUGUAUUCACCUGAAGCGCUUCAGGCAUGAGGUGAUGUAUUCAUUUAAAAUUAGCAGCCAUGUCUCUUUUCCGCUGGAGGGUUUGGACCUGCAGCCCUUCCUGGCCAAAGAUAGUCCAUCUCAGAUUACUACCUACGACUUGCUUUCCGUCAUCUGUCACCACGGCACAGCAGGCAGUGGCCACUACAUAGCCUAUUGUCAGAAUGUAAUUAAUGGGCAGUGGUUUGAGUUUGAUGACCAGUAUGUAACAGAGGUACACGAGACUGUCGUACAAAAUGCUGAAGCCUACGUCCUCUUUUACAGGAAGAGCAGUGAGGAAUCAGUGAGAGAGAGACAGAAGGUCAUAGCUCUGGCAAAUCUGAAGGAACCCAGUCUGUUACAGUUCUACAUCUCAAGAGAAUGGCUCAACAAGUUCAACACCUUCACUGAACCUGGACCUGUCACCAACCAUACCUUCCUGUGCCAGCAUGGAGGAAUCCCUCCUACCAAGUAUCACUACGUGGAUGAUCUGGUGGUGAUCCUGCCUCAGAAUGUGUGGGAACACCUCUACAACAGGUUUGGAGGAGGUCCAGCUGUAAAUCAUCUGUACGUGUGUGCAAUCUGUCAAGUGGAGAUCGAGGCUUUAGCCAAGCGCAGAAAAACUGAGAUUGACACAUUUAUUAAGCUCAAUAAGGAGUUCCAGGCUGAGGAAGCUCCUACAGUUAUUCUGUGCAUCAGCAUGCAGUGGUUCAGGGAGUGGGAGAGCUUUGUCAAGGGAAAAGGCAACGAGCCUCCAGGCCCGAUCGACAACAGUAAGAUUGCAGUGAUGAAGGGAGGACAUGCACAGCUUAAACAUGGGGCCGACUACGGGCAGAUCUCAGAGGAGACGUGGCAGUACUUGUUGGGCAUAUAUGGUGGUGGUCCGGAGAUUGCGGUGAGACAGAGCGUCAGUCUUCGAGACUCUGACACACACGGAGAGAGAAAAAUUGAGGCAGAAACCAGAGCACUCUGAGAAAGUGGUUUCCUGAAUGCGGUUCGAAUUUAUUUGCACCAUGUUUCUGCUUGCUUUCCUGUAAGCACUUUGUAAGUGCAUCUAAUACAAUGGUCUGUUACAUGUAAUAGACUUAGACAUCCAGUAAUACAGGGUGGGUAGACUGGAAGGUUCUUACUGGAGAACAUCAGGUAUUCAAUUAUUUACUUCCUGCAGGUUGGGAAAGUAUGUUUAUUCCGUUGUACACAUACAUCUCCCACAUGCUCUUAUUUAUUGUAUAAUUAUAUUAUGACUGUGCAAUAAUAUCCUUAUUCUGUUACACAAAGCCUGUAAAAAAGAUUUGGAGGAGUUUUGUGGGAUGAACAGUAUGUCCUAGGCAGCAGAUAAUUACUGCCAGGAAGAUUAGCAGACUAAAAUUCCAGAGCAUAAUGACAUGAAUGAAUCAAUUAGUGUAGCAUUAAAUCUACUGUAUGUAACUCGCUACUCCUACUGAUGUGCAGACGCAACAGCAAACUCCCCACAUGCACGCAAAGCAAGAUAGCAUAAAUCCCUUUCAGUAUCUAUGAAAUAUUUUAAGUAUGAUGCACAUGGUAGUGCACACAAUAUGGUAGGUCAUUAAAAUGUUGCACGUUUCACGCCUAUAUAAUUACUGACACAAAGCACCAUUAUACAGUUAAACACUAGAACUGAACACAUGAAUGCAGUAACAGUACAGAAACAAAACAGAAGAAGCUUAAGAGAUACAAAAAGCCAUAACAGGCUGUUUACAAAAUGCUACCAAAGCAUGCACUACAGAGGCAUGAAUCUAUAUAGUAUAAAGUACAUUAAAUUUAGAACUUUUCACUAAAAUGGUUCAGUUGCACUAUCUUUACAAGAACAAUGUAAAAUGAAAAAAUCACGCCUAAGAAAUGGACAGCUAUGAUAUGAAAAUCUGAGCUCUGAGCACUUCAGUGUGCAUUAGAACCAAGUGGUUCACCCUAACAUGUUAAAAAUGAUACAAAUGCACCACUGCUUUGAAGCCGAACCAAAUCAAUCAAACCGAAUCAAUUUGUUAGCCUAUUAUUCAAACAUUCAUUUUGGAAAAUUUUGGUGUUCUAAAGUUGGAACCUCAAGUUGGUUACUUUAAACCCCCUAAAAGAAAAGGUGACAAAAGGUGAAACAGUUACUUUAAGCUUCACCUACAUGUGAGGUAGUAAAUAUGUAAGUGUGUUAUGCUCCCAUGGAUUGACCUUUUUUAGGUUCUGAUCCUGCCUUGUGAGCAGUUUUUUUUUUAGUGGCACCCAACCCACUGCAAUGUGGAUCAAAAUUACACUGUGAAAACGAAUUUUCUGAAGUUGGAGAUGUUUUUCUUGUGCCAUGUUAAACUUCUCUUAGUGUAAACAGAGCUGAGUUUUAGAAAGCUUGUGGGUGAAGCCAGGUUUCUUUUUAGUGCAAUUCAUAUCCAACUUUUUCAAAGACUUGUACAGUAUAUGUUAGUGAAAGUGGCCAGUAAAUGAAUGUUACAUUUUACUUACAUUUGAUGUGGAUGAAGCCCUGAAUCUCAAUCUGAUGUUAAACCACUUUUAAAUUUCUACUCCCAGUGGUACAGAGCUUUCAGCAACAACGUUUGACACUAACACUGUACACUAAUGGAUUUAGAGGGAUUGAUGUACACUGCUUUUUAAUUAAAAAUAUGUUGGUAAUAUUUGAAAAAACAUCUUCACUUUGUCACUAUGGUAAUUAAGCGUGGAUGGAGCAGAAAGUCAAGGGGUAGGAAUAAUUUUUGAAUCCACUGUAAUUGAACUGCAUAGGAAUAGAUUUCACACCACACAAGACUGUCUUGGCUGGUUCAGUGAUUUUCUUUUUCAGGUCCUGUUGUCAUUAUUUUUUGUUGUUGGUAAAGUAUCAGACACUAAAUAUAAUAAAGAUCUACAGCAGACGAACAUACAGACUUCAAUUGAAAUGGAACAAGACCACAAUCUAAAUUCAGUUUGGUGCACCGGGUAUGUUUGAGUUCUAAUUUAUCUGUGUCAAAGCUGAGUGAUAUUUGCCCUUUCUGUUUCUUAAAAUGGCUUACAUUUCAGUAAAUAUCACACAAAAGAUCAAGAUAUGUCUGUAGCUUUGACUUUUGUUUUCAUAUGUCAAAAAAUUAAGAAUGGGCUUAAUAAACUGAAUAGGAGCUCAAAGCUAAAGUUGAUUUAGCAUAAAGGUCAAGUGAAAAAAAGUGUUCACAAUAGAGACAGGUAAGGCGGGCAAAAUAUAAAGGCGGGUAAAUUGGCUGGCGGUAGGCUGGUGGUUUAAAUCAGCCAUUGUUCGAUGUGAUAUCAGCUUAAUCCCACUUUCUAAUUUCAAGAUACAUAUUUAUUUAGUCUUAUUUUAAUUGUAUAUUUAUAUAUAUAUAUAUGUGUGUGUGUGUGUGUGUGUGUGUGUGUGUGUUUGCUCUUAGGAUGUAAGGUUAUUGUGCUAUAUGAACCAGUUAUAGACAUCUUAAUGGUUGAUGUAAGCUGGUGAAUAAAUAUGUAAAAUAUUUCUGUAAAUGUAAAGUAACAGGAAAGUCUGUUUUGUUAUUUAUGUGAAUUCCAACCAUUUGAAACUCUAAGCUUAAUGCUGGUGUAAUGGCUUUUACUGACUUUGUUAAUCUGAGCGUUUAGAUGUUACUGACUUGUUGAUAAAUAAGCUAAUAAAAGCUAUUCUUUCAUCA